GUGGGCAGAGGAUCUGUCGACACGUGGGGGAAGGAGGACGGUUGAUCCGGCGGUGGGGAGUCCGAGGAUGGAGCUGAGGAAGUUCGGGAAGAAUUACUCUCAGCUGCUGGAGUUGAUGGUGGAGCAUGCUCAGAUGGAGGAGAGAGUCGUCUUUCCCGUGCUUGAAAUGGCUGAUCGAGGACUGUGUAAAGCUGCAAAUGAGGAACAUGCAAGGGACCUGCCAGUUAUGAAUGGCAUCAAAGAAGACAUCAAAUCCAUUGGAGUUAUGGACUAUGGGACCCCUGCUUACCAUGAAGGGCUCGCCAAUCUUUCUACCCGGCUCAAGUCAUUACAGAAGCAUUGUAAAGAACACUUCGAUGAGGAGGAGAAACAUUUACUGCCAUUGAUAGAGGCAACAGAGCUGAGUGAAGAACAGAAAACGAGGGUAUUUGAACAGUGCUUUGAUGCGAUGAAGGCAACUCAUUCACAUUUGUUAAACUAUUUCCUCGAAGGCCUACUCCCCUCAGAAGCUAUGGAGUAUGUCGACUUGAUCAAUAAAUGCAGCGACAAAGAACGAACAGCCUCUAUGAUUCAGAUGAUUGCCAAGUAAAACCUGUGGUGUUGGUUGUGAUGAGCAAAUAAGCAUGUAAAAUACAUAGAUUGCUUGAAUACAGAAAAUUGAAUGAUUUGUUUA